CACAAACUGCUCCAUGCAUGUGCUGCUGUGACUUUUUGGAGCUGGCAUUGGAGGUGGAUGUACAAAGUUUUCAGGCGUUCCCUGUUUCCCGUAAUACCAGCAGCUUCUGGGAAGUGCACCCAGUCAGGUGCUCCACAACUCCAGCAGAUAAAAAGCCCGCUUGCCUCCAGGAAGUGCAGUGAGGAGGGCAGACAUCCUGCAGCAAACAUGUCAGGCUGUUAUGGGAAUAUAAUGAAUGUUGACACAACUGGAGCUUCGGAGGCAACUGCGAGACCAGAAGGUCUGAGCUAUGCAGGAGUUCCAGCCUCAGAGAAGAUUGCAGAAAAAGAUUUGGAGAACAUGAAGAAAUACAAAACCAAGAUCAUGGAAGCUGGACACAAGAAGUGUGUUGAUCCAGCUGUGAUUGCUGGUAUCAUCUCUCGAGAGUCGCAUGCUGGAGCAGUAUUGGAGAAUGGCUGGGGUGACCAUGGAAAUGCAUUUGGUUUAAUGCAGGUUGACAAACGAUACCAUAAGAUUGUUGGGGCAUGGGACAGUGAAGAGCACCUAGAGCAAGGUACAGGGAUUUUAUGUGAUAUGAUAAAGGAAAUCCAGAAGAAAUUCCCAACAUGGACAAAGGAACAACAACUCAAAGGUGGGAUUUCAGCAUAUAAUGCAGGACCUAGAAACGUCCAGAGCUAUGACAGAAUGGAUAUUGGCACAACCCACAAUGACUACGCCAAUGAUGUAGUUGCAAGAGCCAAGUUUUAUAAGAGACAUGGAUACUGAGAUAUCUGAGUGAUGAUUAGAUAUGAGUUGCUGAUUUCAUACUUUGCUUCUAAUAAGAGAAAUCCUGGUUUCUCCCCCUGAAAGGGUUAAAAUGGUGGAUGGCAAUGAAGCCAGAAACAAGUGCAAGCUUUCAAUGCUCUACUUUUUCAACUAAGAUUAAAAAAAAAAAAAUCACUUUAAGAGGUAACACACCACUAAUAAUCCAAACUGCAACCUAUCUUUUGCCUUUUAUUUUUUCUCACUUCACAAGAAUAUUCAAGCAGUUUUCAUCUGUGCUUUCAGUUUCUCAGGCAGCAGAUUAAUGCUGCAAGAAAGUUAUAACACUGCUUAGCAAGAUUUCAUCUGCCUUAGAUUUGAUCUGUCAAUACAUGUGCACUGCAGCAGUACAAAAAUUGUUAACAAUUUCAAUUUUGGAUUUGAAAGUUUUCAAUAAACAUUACAUAUGUUUAAUCAACCACAAGAGUAUAUCACAGUGUACCGUAUCCUCUCUGAAUAAUUGCUCCUAACUUUGGUGAGAGUGGCUGUUCCUUGUGACAGGAAAGAAAAUACUAAGCUAGUUUUGGUUUUUUUUUCCCCCUUGAUAGUACUUCACCUUAGCCAUUGCAGUUGGAAAAAAUCUGUAAAAGUUAAGCUGCUGUAAUGAAGGCUUCUGUUGAAGUUAUAUAUCUGCUUCAAUGUAGGGUCUGGAGUAAGAAUAUGCACAUUCCAUCAUGUUUUUAAAAUGGCAUGUAGUUUACAAAAACUAAUGCAAGUUCAGCUACAAUAAACAGAUACUUUCAAUCAGUCAUAUAGUAAAACUUUUGGGAGGCCUUAGCUUAAAAGUAGCAGAGUUCAUUCAGCCAUUGCAAAACAGGGGGGAGAAAAAUAAGUGGUUUAGAGAGGUUAAAAAAAAACCGAACCUCCACAAGCAUAUCACUAGGGGCUAAAGGAGAAAUAACAAAGAGCAUGGGGUGUUAUUUGAUUGUUUUAAAUAUGGUACAUUUUUUAUACCUAGUAUUUUGUACCUGUGAUUAAAGACAUCCUGAUGCUAUUAUGAUAAUACUGUAUUGAUUACUCACAAUGUACUUUAGCUACCAAAUCUGAAAAUCAGUGAACCUGCAACAGAGCAAUAGCACAAAAAUAGAAAAAUCCUUAAACGAGUACACUUCUACAUUGCUACCACACAUUGCACCAAAGAUUUGUUUGAAUAUACUUUAAAUGCUACAGCAGGUAGACAUGACAAAUGGCUGCUACCUUCCCCCAUGAGGACAGGGAGGCAGCAGAGCAGGCUGCCAGAGGCUGAGCUGUUCCUGUCCUCAGAGGUUUUCAAGACCCAGCUGGACAAGGUCCUGAGCAACCUGGUAUGAACUCAGCAGCAGCCCUGCCUUGAGCAGGAGGGGAUGGACUGGGGACCUGCAAGGUACCUUCCAACAUGAAUUUUGCUGUUAUCUUAAAUCAGACUGUUUGCCCCCUGCACAAAAAAAGCAGAAUCUGCUACCUGUGCUCCACAAAGACUUUCAUGAAGCAUUUACAAUGCUUCAUUAAUAAAGGAUGUGGACACACACCACAUUUAUGCACUCUCUUGGUUCAGAUUUUAGAUAUGAGAAUUUUUAGAGAAUGUAUUUUUUAUCCAGAGAGGGCUUGGGAUUGCAUAUUGUGACAUUGGAGGAAAUAGUAUUUCAGAAACACCCAAACAUACAUAUAUAUUAACAAUUUUAAGAAAAUACAAUUUCCUUUUUCAUUAUAACUGUCAGUUUGUUAAUUUCAGAAGCUGUAAACAUUUCUUGCAGCUAAAUCUUAGUCAGAAAUAAGUUACUGUCAAAAGCAUUUUCCUGUCUCUGUACCUGGGAAGCAGUUACUAGCUUUGCUCUGUUCUUACACAUUUUAAUCACAUACUUUGAAAGUUGUACAUAGUACCAAGCAAGCUUGUUCAUUAACAUGUUAUUUCUGGUGCAAUACUUUUCAAGGCUGUAGCAUCAGUACAGUGUAAUGAAUAGAAGCUCCAUUUUCUUACACAUUCUGUGCAUGACAAAAUUGGCAGCACUCCCUCUGUUGGAGGCUCACCAGGCUGCAGCGCCUGACCAUGCUUGGCAGGAUGGGUAAUGCUGGCUUUGGUGCUCUGGGCCACCAAUCCUGGCACAAGUCUGACAUUUGCUAUGCCUCAGCCACAAUACCCAUUUGCCUCAUUUUCUGGGCCUCAUACUAGUGCCAUCUCUUUUAAGAUGCACUACACACAUCCUUCAAAAGGGUCCUUCAAGGACUUGUUCUAAGUGCCUCCCUGUGGGAACACAAUCAACACCCCAUAAAGACUGCAGUCACAACACACCACAGCACAAGACACAAUGCAGAUGCUGGAAGGAAGGAGGGAGAAAGGGAAGAAAAGCAACAUUUAUCUGCUUCACUUUUUCCUUGCUGUCCUAUACACUUCAGACCGACACCAGUAUUUUCUGUGUCCUUCCAACUACAACCUGUAGCUUGUGGAGAAAGAUUUUUUUUUUUGUCUCAAUUUUAAUUGUGUUUCUGCCUUCAGCCUGCCUGUAGGAGCCAUUACAUUCUUCAGUGCCACUAUCACAGCUUAUCCUACUUCCCUUCUGCACAGUGUCUACAAUUUUUAUGCCCUUCUACUGAUUAUCUCUGUUCCUUUCAACUCCUACUGGUGUUUACUCUUCUCUGCAAGCAUGCAGAAAGGAUAAACAUUCACUUUUAGUGACUGUUUCCCCCUGAUUUUCUCAACAUAGAGUCAUUAAGAUUAACUCCUCUACAGAGUGUGGUGUGGGAGAGGCUCAAAACAGUGUGUUAAACUAUGGAAUUUAGGCUUGCUGGAAUGAAAACUACUUUAUUACUUGAUAAAGCAGCAGCUUCCUAACAUCUGCCACAAUUCUUAGAAUUGUAAAUAAGACCAAGCACACAGUACUAUUCAAGAUCCUUCAGUAAAGGAUGUUAUUUUAUAAGCUUGCAUCCCAUAACUGCAAAAUAGCAUCAGAGAGGUACGCUUCAGGGUUUCCAGAUUUCUAAAAUCAUCAACUUGAACACAGACUGAAGCUCUUAAGUUAUUAUUAAUGAACAUUUAGGAU